AUGGCUCCUUUCAGUGCAGCCUCCGCUCAAUUCGGCUUCGCUCUUUUCAAAGAGCUCAAGGAAAUACAAGACGGCAACAUCUUCUUUUCCCCACUGGGCAUCUCAACCGCCAUUGGCAUGAUUCUCUUAGGGACCCAGGGAGCCACCGCCUCCCAGUUACAGAAGGUGUUUUACUCUGAAAAAGACACAGAAAGCCUUAUGGCAAUGACUGAAGACAAAGAGACUGAGAAGACAGAAGAGAUACACCAACAAUUCCAAAAGCUUUUGACUGAAAUGAGGAAACUCACGAAUGAUUAUGAACUGAACAUAAGCAACAGGCUGUUUGGAGAACAAACCUACCUCUUCCUUCAAAAAUACUUAGAUUAUGUUAAAAAAUAUUACCAUGCAUCCCUGGAACCUGUUGAUUUUGUAAACGCACCAGAUGAAUGUCGAAAGAAGAUUAAUUCCUGGGUUGCAAGCCAAACAAAUGAAAAAAUCAGUGACCUCUUUCCAGAAGGCUCCCUUAACAGCUCAACCAAGCUGGUGUUGAUAAACACUGUGUAUUUUAAAGGGCAGUGGGACAGGGAGUUUAAGAAAGAAAAUACCAAAGAGGAAGAAUUUUGGGUGACUAAGAGCACAAGUAAACCUGUGCAGAUGAUGGCACAGAGACAAAAACUCAGUUUCGCCUCCCUGGAGGACCUGCAGGCCAAAAUUGUGGGGAUUCCAUACAAGAACAAUGACCUCAGCCUGUUCGUGUUUCUGCCCAAUGACAUAGAUGGUCUGGAGAAGAUCAUAGACAAACUGAAUCCUGAGAAGGUGGUGGAGUGGACCAGCCCUGGGCGCAUGGAGGAGAGGAUGGUGGACCUCCGCCUGCCCCGGGUGGAGGUGACCGAUGCCUAUGACCUGGAGCCGGCGCUGCGCGCGCUGGGGAUGUGCGCAGCCUUCAGCGAGCACGCCGACUACUCGGGGAUGUCCGUGCGCUCCGGGAUCCGCGCGCAGCACCUGCUGCACAGGUCUGAGCUGCUGCUGAGUGAGGAUGGCGCACAGGCGGCAGCCGCCACGGGUGUGGACUUCGCCCUAUUCUCGGCCCCCAGCCAGGAACAUGUCCACUGCAACCAUCCCUUCCUGUUCUUCAUCAAGCACGCCAAAUCCGACAGCGUCCUCUUCUUUGGAAGGUUUUCUUCUCCUUGA